UAUUCCUAUUCCUAUUCCUAUUCCUAUUCACCCCUCCUCUCUUCCCAAUCAAAAGAAUCUCUCACCCCUUCUCUCUCCUACUCACAACUCCCAUGUCUUGCCAACCAACAUUCACAUGUCUUUGUUUCUAGUGAAAAAAAUAUAAACUAAGAUAAAAUUAUUUCAAACUUUGGUUCUCCACUAACAACUACACUUCUUUUAUCCACACACACUCACCAAACCCAUCUUCAACUAUAGUAUUCACAAUCUCAACCAUGAAUCCUCUAACUUUGUUGCUUAUUUUACCUUUCUUUACACAGUUUUUGGAAGUUGAACCUGCAAGACCAAAAGUUCUAGGGAAACCAAAGUUUCCUACCUCUCAAAUCAGUGUCAUGGGCUUUGUUUAUUGUGAUUUCUGCUCAAAUAACACCUUUUCUAGACAUAGCUACUUCUUGCCAGGUGCUGAGGUGACAGUAGAUUGCAUGUUCAAAGCAAUUUCAGCAAAAACAUCAGAACAGAUUACACUAUCAGUGAACAGGACAACAAACAAGUAUGGAAUGUACAAGAUUGAAAUACCAUCAGUUGAUGGAGUGAAAUGUGCUGAAGGGUCUGAAGUUAUGUCUUCCUGUGAAGCUAAACUGAUUGGAAGUUCAACUUCUUCUUGCAAUGUUCCUGGCUACAAAAGCACUUCUAAUGUGAUUUCAGUCAAAGCUAGAAAAACCAAUCUCUGCAUAUAUAGUCUUAAUGCUUUGAAUUUUAGACCAUCUAAGAAGGAUACUAGUUUGUGUGGUAAUUAAUUACAUAAUUAGCCUUUUUCUUUGGUUACUUGCUAAUGUUAUGUUCUUUUUUUCAGCCUACUGGGGGCAUUUAUGUCAUUUCAUUAUCUUUCUCA